UGUAAUGCGAUAGAUCUUUGGUCCAGAGAGUUUGAAAUUAUGGCUUUAUACCUUGUUGAUUGGAUUGCUCGUUGUACUUCUUCUUACGAUCUCGGACGCUUUCAUACUUUAAUUAUAAGUGUAUUCUUCAUAGUGACAUCAUUCCUUGGUUUUGUUUUCUCAGCAGUGCAACUUCGACAUAUGUGGCCGUUUCGUAAUUCAGUGCGACGCAGACUAUCUGCUAAUUGGAAAAUUAUAGUUGGGCUGGCAAUUUCUGACUUAAUAGCAUGUGUAGCAAGGAUGGUACUGGUGAUUAUUUCAUUGGCGUUUGACAAACCAAGUGAAAAGAUAUAUAUAAUAUUUGCAUUUUUUGAGGCUAUUUUAUUCAUAGGAAUUGUUUCAAGCGUAAUUUGGACUUCUAUUUUUGCUGUCGAUCAAUGUUUGCAGAUGUACAAAAUUAACGGGCCCAUGAUAUUGUACUAUAUUUUGGCUUGGUUGCUACCAAUUACUUAUAUUGCUGUUGUUUUUUUUAUAAAUUGGAAGCAUAAGAUUGAAAGCUGCAAGAAACCUAUUGGUGUUUGGAAAACUGUAUCAAUUGUGUUUUCAACUUUUCCUUUUUUUCCUUUUCUUCUGGCUAAUCUAACUCUUUUCUUCAUCACUUACAAAAAAGUGAAGCAUCUGCUUAGAUGUACUGGUAUAUUUUCCGAUGACGAAAGAGAAGCCCUAAAGAUUACCCGCAAUAAAUAUGGUUUAUAUUUUGCUGUAUUAUUCUUCAGCUGGUUGCCUUUUGUCAUCUCCCAAAUUUGUUUCCUUGCGAUUGAUGAAAGCAAACGACGGGGUUGGUUUAUUGCUACGUGGUAUACUGCUGGGAUCCUCCAUUUGCAAGGCUUUUUUAAUUUUUUUGUGUAUCGUUACUCCUUCAAAGUUGAGUCAACUUUGCAAACAUCUCAACCUGGACUACUACGACCACCACCAAAUGCAGGGGAAAUAAUUCAGCGAAUGAUUUAUCAAGAACCUUUAAUUCCCAAGGAAAACAAGAUUAAAGCCACACAAAAUUACAAUUCAAUCAAAAAGCAUUGCGUGUCAUCGAAGAAAACUGAGAUGCCACCAUAUCAAUCAAGAUUGCUGGGUGAAUGCAAUUGUUCAUGCACCAAUGACAAAGAAAUUUGACAAUACACUGUCGCAGUUAAUAUUAACGAUAUAAUCGGUCUUUCCAAUAAUGAUAUGAGUUUUUAAGGGAACAAAUGCCCACCUAAUCUUUAAUAAUUGAUAUUUCAUCCUAUUCAAUAGUUAGUUAUAAAAAAACAAUUAAUUUGGUGUUUUGAGCAUUAGUAUUUGUUAAAUUUAAUCAUUCACAAUUUUAAAUACAACAAGUUUGUUUUAAUUUAUAGUAAAUGCUAGUAAUGAUAUGAUGGAUAAUACAUUCAUUGGCAUAUAUUAUUGUCAAAUAGACAAAGCCGUCACAAAGGGAGUCGUGUAGGGUGAAAAGCACCUUCCUUCCAAGAAAUAACAUUUUGAGAAAAACAAAA